AAGCCUCCGCAGACACAGGUGCGCYUCACUCAGCGCUGCGCAAAGACGCGUCGGCGCUCGUCCGCAAACACUCUUCAUUCUGCCGCGCCGCGCAGGACAUUAGGACCAACUACUUCUCCUUCUUCAUGGGAAAAACCUUCCUCUUAAUUUAUAGGACAAACAGGGCAAAGUUACCUUACAGGAAGGAGCUUCCACGGUCCUCGUCACCACAAUGAGUUGGGGGGCACUCUACGCCCAGCUGGGCGGCGUCAACAAACACUCCACCAGCCUUGGGAAGAUCUGGCUCUCCGUCCUCUUCAUCUUCCGCAUCACCAUCCUGGUCCUGGCCGCCGAGAGCGUUUGGGGCGACGAGCAGUCGGACUUCACGUGCAACACGCAGCAGCCCGGCUGCAAGAACGUCUGCUACGACCACUUCUUCCCCGUGUCGCAUAUCCGCUUGUGGUGCCUGCAGCUCAUCUUCGUCUCCACGCCGGCCCUGCUCGUCGCCAUGCACGUCGCGUACAGGAAGCGCGGCGACAAGAAGACCAUUCUGGCCUCCAACCGCACCGAAAAGUCCGACCUGGAGAUCCUGAAAAAAAGGCGUCUGCCCAUCACGGGCCCUCUUUGGUGGACCUACACCUGCAGCCUGUUCUUCCGCCUCAUCUUUGAGGGCGGCUUCAUGUACGCGCUGUACUUCGUCUACAACGGCUUCCAGAUGCCCCGGCUCGUGAAGUGUGAGCAGUGGCCCUGCCCCAACAAGGUGGACUGCUUCAUCUCCCGACCGACGGAGAAGACCGUCUUCACCAUCUUCAUGGUGGCCUCUUCGGCCAUCUGCAUGGUGCUGAACGUUGCCGAGCUGCUCUACCUCAUCGUCAAGGCACUCCUGAGGUGCAUGGACCGGUCGAGCAAGAGGAAACACCCCUACGCGGAGAGCGUGUCGAGGGACAACAAGAGGAACGAGACCCUGUUGUUGUCGUCCUCCACGGAUUCGUCCAGCAACAAGACCGUGUGCUGAAGAGGAUGGACUCUAGAUCCAUCUGUGGACCUGCAUUAGAGCUGUCCAGUGGGAUGCAAAGUCUGUAUUCCUGUGGGAAAGUUUUAGGUCUGUGUCUUUACCUGCAGCAGAACUCGCGUCGACCCGAGGGAAGUGGACCUCGGCGGGUUUUUUUGUUGUUUUUUUUACGCGUGACCUUAAAUUUUCCACUCAUGCACUGUAGUGCUGUUCACAGCUGAGUAUUUUUCUUUUUUUUAGUUUAGUUUGAGUUCUACCUAGCCACUUACCUAGCUUGCUCACUAACAAUCAAAGCAGUUUAACAAAUAUUAGUUUACAAUUU